AUGAAAACUAUAGGGAAAGCAAUUCGAGCUGUCACAGUUAAAUGGCGGAACUGGAAACAAGCCAUGUAUACCUUUCUUCGCCAGUAUCGUGCCACACAACAUACCACAAUCUCCGUAUCCCCUAGCGAAGCACUAAAUAACCGAAAGCUAAAAACUCACCUUCUAGAUUCCCCAUCAACACCAAGCAACUCCAAGAAAGAUGAGAAGAUACGUAGUCGAGACGAAAAGAACAAAUCAACCAUGAAAUCAUACAGGGACAAACGAAAUCGUGCCAAGUCAAACAGCAUCACCCUCGGUGACACUGUCCUCCUACGACAACCGCAAUUGAGUAAACUGUCCACACCAUUUGACCCUGAGCCCUUCCGCGUUGUAGCAGUUAAGAACUCGAUGAUCACCGCAAGAAACAAGCUCAGAACAAUAACGCGCAAUUCCUCCUUCUUUAAGAAAAAUACCCCAUCUCCCUGUUCAUCUCGAAACCUCCGACGACCAAGACAUCCUACCUAA